AUGGCCUACGCUAUUACAACGGCACUCCUCCUCACCACAGCCAGCGCGCAAUCCACGAGCGUGACGUCCCUCUUCCUGCCCGACGACACCAAAGCCUCCUACAACGCCAGCGUCGUCGCCGUCAUCCAGUCCAUUACCACCUACUUCCUCGACACUGACUGCUCGGGCAUCGCAUCCGGAUGCAAUCGCUUCGACCGCCCGGUAACCUACGGCCCAACAUGGUACGAAAUGCGCCUCGGCGGCACCCACACGUUGGUCGAACACUGCGAUCUCGAGGGCACGACGAAAGCGAUAUGCACCCAAAGCGAGCUGGAUAACACCAACAGCAGUUUUGCCGCUGCGCAUACGUACUCCUUGUCGGAGAUAGUGUUCCACCGCGUGACGAUUAUGACAGGGCUGGAGAAGCUGAGGACAGCGACGCAGCAAGUUGGGGUGGCGGCGACUCCACCACUAGCGAUAGUGACAGUGACCGCCACGCCACCCGCGGCGACGAGCGUGACCGCAUACCCGGACUUCUACGACGGCUUCGACGAUAGCUCCAACGAAAUUGGCUUGGGCAGUGUCGUCGCCGUCAACGGCUCCACCAUCACCUAUGCCCUCUCCUUCACUUGCACGCUCACCGGCAACGCUAGCUGCUCCCCUACUUCGGCCGACACCAUAACGUUUGGGCCGACCUGGAACGAGUACAGUAUGAUUUUCACUACUGAAGAAGAUGGCUCGCCCGAUUACGCCACCCAGCUAUGCAAUUACGAGGGUACGACGACCGGAAGCUGCACACUCAGCUCGGGCACGGACACGGGGCUCACCAUGUUUCUUCCCCGGGAGUCGAUUAUGAUGCAUAAUCUUACCAUCACGGCGGGGUUGGAGAAGCUGACGAAUGUGCUGGCGCCGACUGGCCAGGUCACGCACAGCUACGCUCCGGGCCCGGCGGCUUCGUCAACCAGCAAAGGAGGUGGUGGCAAGGCGGUUGGGCUUUCAAUCGCGGGGCUCGUCGGAAUAGCUCUGGCGGCUUUUGCGCUGUGA